CGACCGUUGGAAAAGGUUCAAGCAACGAGUAUAAUCGCCUAUCUUCGUUGAUACAAGUAUUAACGAACAGUGUUUGUUGUUUUAUAUUAUUCAUUCAAGACAACCGUGGACGACCAAUAACAAUCUAUGAACUGCGCAGAUGAGAGAAAACAAAAGUACUAAUGCAUUACCAUAUGAAUUAGACAUGCAUUUGAGUGUAAGAUAUACCUUAAACAAUUGCCUCAUCUCCCAUCAGAAUUUAGUGCAAAGGUGGUGAAAGAUUUUGUUUUGAUUCCGUUGAUCCUCUGUUUUUGGAGCUCCUACUUGGCUAAUCUUCCGUACUGCUUGCAUUAGCUACAUAACUUAAUGAAUUCUUCAAUACUGGCCACGCUUUGUUUAUAUGUAUCAGUUGCUGGCUGUAGUUUAUGUAUUGUACAGGUUGAUUCACUUAGCACGGAUCAGGUUGCAGGAACAUAAGGAAAAUAAGAAUUUAAAAAAUACACAGAGCAUGCUACCUUUAAUUGUAAUGGAUUAACUGCUCUUAAUUAAAUUAAUUGUUAUGGUCAAAUUUUAUUUUGGACAACACGAACAGGUGUUAUUUUGAAGCAAAGUUAACAGCUGUCUUCUGUUAUGAGUACUGCUGCGGACUCAUGGAGCUGACUGCAUGACAUUCAACGAAUAGAAGUUAGAUCUUGAAAUGUAACCUUUUUGGUGUCAAGUAAGGGGAUUAAGCUAUUGUAAAUCCACUAUUUCCCAAAAAACUUUUUCAAUGAAAAAUUGAGCCAACAAGUGAAAAAGCAAGUACUGCAGAUUGUACCAUAUUGACUUUGAGAAGAGCUAAGCUCUCAUUAACACCAACAUCUAUGAAUUGUUCAAUUUCAAGUGAAUCUAGUGUCAUAAAUAAUAUUGGCUAUGAUCAUAUGGCUGAAAGUAGUAUUGGUGAUGCUACAGCUAGUGUACGUAGGUAUACUGAGUCUAUAUACUAUGACGAUUCCGAAGAUGACAGCAUUGGCACAGGGGAUGUUACCCACUUUAUACGUGAUUGGCGGCAAUCGUCAAUAUCACUGUAUACUGAUAGUGAUAACGUAGAACAUAGUAUUGGAAAUGAGCCAGUCGAUAUAAACACAUCUAACAUGGGAUCAUAUAUCCACAAGGAUUAUUCGUCUUCUGAGAAUAUUGAAGAUCAGUUAUUCGAUUAUACCGAUACAGACGAAGACGAAGAAGAUUAUGAAGAUUAUCACCUAUAUAAUCAAGAAGAACAAGAAAGCGUUAAUCAGUUUGAAAAAUUAACAGACUUUUUAACAAAAGAUGAAUCGAAUGAAACAAUUGAUUCACAUUUGGUUGUAAAUGUAACAGAAAUAAUCAUAGCUGUUAUAGUAUUUAGCAAAACCUAUUCUCUUCCUCAUAGUGGAGUUGCCGAUCUGUUUAAAAUGAUCAAUUCAUUUUUAGAUAAGCCUGCACUGCCAGAAACGCGUUAUAAAAUCGACAAGCUAUUUUAUCCAAAAACAGGACAAGAAUAUCAUUCAGUCUGCCCUACUUGCAAGUGUUAUGUAGGUGUUUUUAAUCAUAAUAUACAAACAUUGUAUUGUGAUGUAUGUCAAAAAAAUAUUAACUUGAAAGAUCCAUCCUACAGAGAUUUUUUUGUAAACAUCGAUCCCGAAAAUGAUAUAAAGCAUCUUAUAGAAAAUAAUGCAGAUUAUUACUCUAGAAUCAUCGCUGAAAAUAAUCAAGCAAACACUGUUAUGGAAGACAUUCAUCAUGGAAAAAAAUAUCAACAAUUCGUAGCAUCGCUUUUGCCAGAACAUAAGAAAUCUUACGUUAGUGUGACUUUCAAUAGUGAUGGAUCACCAUUGUUUAAAAGCUCAAAAUUUUCGGUAUGGCCGAUCCAGAUAAUGAUAAACGAAGUUCCACUGCGUGUUCGAACCAAAAAUACAAUUGUUUGUUCUAUUUGGUUUGGCCAUGAUAAGCCAAAAAUGACCUAUUUUUUACAACCAUUUGUUCGUAAAAUGAAUGAUUUAGCAAGAAAUGGAAUAGAAUGCAAACUUAAUGGAGAAACAAAAAAACUCUACGUGUAUUGCAUAUGUUCUUGUGACGACUCAGUCGCACGUGCCCCAAUGCAGGGCAUUUCUCUAUUUAACGGUUUUUAUGGUGGUUCAUGGUACUUGCAUCCGGGUGUACGAGUUUUACAUAAAACUGGAUUUGCUACAAAAUAUCCACUGUUAGAUGAAGUUCCUAAACUCAGAACUGCUCAUGAAACUUUUGAGAAUAUGCAAGCUGCCUUAACUUCUAGAAAACCAGUCUACGAUAUUAAAAAUGCAACACCUUUAAUUUAUCUAAAUAGAUAUGAUGUUAUUCAUGGUUUUGUGCCUGACUCUCUGCAUUGCAUCGACAAAGGAAUUGGGCCUCAGUUUUGUGAUUAUUGGUUUCAUUCAACUGGUAAGCCUUAUUCUUUUGCAAAACAUUACAUUGAUGCUAUCGAUGAGUGUAUAAAAAGUUUAAAAGUACCUACACAAAUAGCACAUUUGUCUCGCUCGAUCAAGGAUCGGAAAUUCUGGAAAGCAUCGGAGUGGUCUAACUUUAUUUUAUUUUAUAGUGUACCAGUAUUGUCUAACAUUAUCCCAGGCUUUGAAAAAUAUAUACAACAUUGGUCGUUACUCGUCGAAGGUUAUCAUUUGUUACUGAAAACCAAAGUUAGCUUAACAGAUAUUGGAAUAGCACACAAGUUGUUCAAAAGGUUCAUUUGUUUAACACAACUGCUUUACGGAGAGGAUGCUAUGAGCUACAACGUACACCAGCUCUGGCAUGUUACCCAAAGUACAGCACAUUGGGGACCGUUAUUCGCGCAUUGGGGUUACGGUUUCGAGUCCGGAAACGGUAGAAUAAUUCAAACAGUUCAUGCUGCAAAAGGCGUAAUAAAUCAAAUUUGCAGAAGUUUUUGUUUAAAUCAAAGUAUUCUGAUAUUAGAAAAACAUCUUGCGCAAAAAGAAUAUUCAUCUAUCAGGAAUUAUAUAAACUAUUUACAAAAUAAAGACGAUGUUCAGAAAACAAAAAUCGGAAGACAAAGUAGAUAUUUUGGAAACCCAAAAAAUGUAAAACAGGAAUAUUUAACGCUUUUAAAUAGACGAAAAAAUGAAUUACAAGCUUUUAAUAAAAUGGUUAAAAAUGGAUGUGUAUUCAAAGCAAGUGAAAAUUAUAGGUCUGAUAAUAGAUUUGCAAUUUUAACUGAUAACACUUUCAUUAAAAUAGAAAAAUUCUUAGUUGAUACAGUAACUCAAAAAGAAUGGACUAUUUACAAAAAAUUAUUCGUUGGAAACUCAGCAAUUACUGAAGAAUUACAUUCGAUGAAGAAAAUUCACUACACAGAGCAAUAUCCUGAAUUUACUGAAACUGGCAAUAUUGAAAGAAUAUGCGUCCACAUUAAUAUUACCAACAAUGAAUAUAUUUUACCUUUGCCGAAUAUGUAUUCAAAAUAGAAUGUAAUACUUAGAUUUUAAACUAAAUGUAUUUUUAAUCAUAAAUUUAGGCUGUAUACUCUGCAUGUGGCUAAAAUUUAUUUGUUUUUUCGAAAGUUUUCAAAUAUUUCAUAUUUCUAUGUAUAUAGAUAAUAUGUAUUAUUGUUUAAAAUAUUGACGAUUAAUUAUAUUUAUAAUACGUAUUCAUAACCAUUUUAAAUCCAUCUAUGAAAGACUUAUCAAUUGAAAGAAAUUCUUACUUGACGGAAGAAAUCAAUGCUUGCAUUCAGAGUAUGCGCAAAAAAGUCAACGUGCAGUAAUGUAUGCAAGAAGUUAUUAUUAGAUUUAAGUACAAAUCGUACUUUAACAUUUUUUUUUCUUUUAGUAAUAGUUGUUUCUCUUUAGUCUAUUCACAGUCGAUAUUUAUAUUCCAAAUGUUUUUUAUAAUGUAAAAUAAUCAUCUAUGUGGCUACUCAUUAUUUUAAUCACUUGACCGUUGUCAAGAUUAUUUUUCUAAUAGAAAAAUAAUAUAAUGCGAAUUCUUUUUUUCUUUUUAUUCAACUACAAUUAUUCAAAAUAUUGUUAAAAAAGGUAUAUUCCUCUCUAAAUUACAAAUCGAAAAAUAGUUUAAUGAUACUUCAAGACUAAUGUAUGAUUCGUUCAUGUGUGAUAUUAAUGUGAUCAUAAAAAUACAGAAUUAUCUUUGAAAAGUAUUUUCAAUAUGUUUAAAAAGCGUACACGUUACCAUUAUGUAGUAUAUUUAUAAAAUAUACUUAUGACUUUGCGAACUAGAAAUUAAACAAAUGAAGUUACUUUAUUUAUUUAUUUAUUUAUUUAUGU